AUGCACUCCUCACUGAAUAUCUUGCGGGCACUACCCAGAGCGAUGGGUACUGGAUACCGGAGCUUGAGCACUAAAGCUGGUCCAAUCCAAAAUACCAUUCGGGAAAAGCUGACGACCCUCUUCAAGCCGAGUCACCUCGAGAUUAUCAAUGACAGCAAACUACAUGCUUCUGGUAAAGGUGCUGAAACACAUUUCCGCGUUUCAAUCGUCUCGAAAGACUUUGAGAAUCUGAACGAAGUGAUGCGACACAGACUAGUUAAAAAGGCUCUGCAGGAUGAAUUGAAGUCCGGCGUGCAAGCUUUGUCUAUCCAGGCGCUGGCCCCUUCCGAGCAUCUCGCCUGGGCCCCCUCAGUUCCCUGCGUCGGUCACGGCAGGAAGGAUUUUGGGUCGUAUGAGGAAAAUGCAUAG